AGGAAAGGGUAGGCGUUGUGUUUUGUUGGGUUGACAGUUGACUUUUAAGAUGGCGACUGGGUUGACCUCGCUUGUGAGAAGAUUGACCAAGUCACGGCGGAAGCAGUCGGUUUCCCGGGCCCGUUACGAUGCCCAGCAGUUGAAGCAAAGCACCGCAAUCUACCUGGAUGCCACGAUCCGGUCUACGAACAUCCAGGGAGAGAAUUCUUUGAAGAUCCUCAAACGUAUCGUCAAGAACACGGAUCGUGAUUUUCUUCAGUACAUUCCCGAGAAGCAGAUGAUUCUGGAGUGUUCGCUGAUCCUGGUCCAAACGUAUGUCGCUCACCUGAAACUUCGGCGAACCUUUAUGGAACGGUUCAAGCCGCAACCCUUUUCAAGCGCUAAGAAAUAUUUUCAAGACCUGAUUCACCUGUUGAUUCCGGAGAUGCAGGACCUGGUGAUCGAUACCAUUUUGAGCUUUCUACAGCGGGAGAACCUCUGGAAGGUCGAGUUCAUCUGCGUCGAGAUCCUGAUGAUGGUGCUGGAGUGCAAGAGCCCCGCUUCCCUGUUGCUCCGUAAGAUGAUCGACUACGUCGAGAAACUGCUGGAACGGAACGAUAUCAUGCAGGCUCGUCACACCGUAAUCGUGCUGCAGAACAUCAUCCAACCGGAACACUGGAGCACCAUCGACUACUGGAACAUGUCGAAGCUGUUACGGUUCUACCACAGCAGCGCCAUCAUCGGCGAAACCAAGAACCAAAUCUACGAACUUCGGCGGGGAUUCGAGAUCUGCUUGCGCAACAUGAUCAAGGUUCUUGCCACGCGUGAGCUCAUGUGUCUGCUCACGGUGAUGCUUCCGUUGACGUUCGACACCAAGCUGACCGACGAGGACAUGCUGGAGUUUGGAACAACGGUGGAAUACGCAGCCGCUACGCUGACCCUCGGACCAACUCCCACCAGCGAAGAAACGUACAUGCUUGAGUAUCUGAUGCACUACAUUCGCUCGGAAUCGCACUCCAAAAGCAUGCUUGCCUGUCGCAUCUUCGCGAAACUGCUGGAUCGCGGCAGCAACUUCCGGGAGUUUAGCACUCCAAAGAUCUUCCACGAGGACACCUACUACGACAUCGACAUCAAUCAGUACAGUUCGGCGCGGCGACAAAUCUUCGAAAACCAACGCAGAGAGUUUGAAUCGUCUGUAACGACCGCAAUUGACCUGCACGGAUCGCGCCGGAUCAACCUGGAGAUCGUCUACAACGUCCUCUGUAUGGUUCUGGUGGAAGUUCCAAGCGGCUUCACUGCCUGCUCCACGACCUGUCUACUCCUCGGAGUGCAACGUCGUCUACUUGACGCUACCGACGAAAAUCUGGAUCCUCGUCACACCAACCGGAUCCACGCCACCAUCAUCAGCGUCAUGACCCUGAUCAACUGGAUCCACCGGGGACCAUCCCUAACCGAGUACAUCAACACCAUCCUGAACCUGCGCUUCGACCAUGCUCCCCAUCUGAACCCACCCCUGAAGGAGAUCUACCACUACGCGGACCAUCACAUCACCUGGAACGAGCAGAUAUUGUUCUUCGACGCUUUGGAGCUGCGGUACGGCCUCUGGAAGUGCUUCCGAAUCCACGAACCCAAGACGGCGACCCCUAAGAAGGUGUACUCAAGACUUGCGAUGGUUGACGCAGACAGCAAACGUCGCCGGCGAAAGACCCUGUACUACAAGAUCGGACUCGGUGGUCGAUUAGUCGUGCGGUGAACAAAAUUCUUCGUAUCACAACAAUAAAAAUAACCCGUACCGCUGUAAACAAAACAAAAA